AGUAGGAAUUCAUCUAAUAACGCUCUCGACUAAAAAAGUGGAACUAAAAGGAGGAGCAUCAGAAAAUGAAGUUGCAGACUGGAGCAUUCCUUAUUCUCCUGAUUGUUUGCCCACAAGGAAACAGUCAGACUUCAAAGCAGUCAAAAUCUGGAAAUAUUACUGCCGACAAUGAAAGUGAAACACAAUUAGGGUUGUGGAAUCCUGUUGUCCGUGACAACGACGUCUAUGUUGACCUGGAGACUUCUUACCUGCACCUUAGAACCAACAGCACUGCAGAUAGUGAUGAGAAAACCCUUAUUGUCUAUUUUAACGAGGAAGGCAGGAUGGCAGGAGGUAUUGGCAUCUGGUUCACAUCAACUAUACAGUAUUCACUGUUAGGCUGUGGAAGCUACACGAAUCUGAUAGGUCUACCUGUGGAAGUAGAUAAGAAAUGGGCAAUAGAAAAACGAGGAUAUAGGACCAUUUUGUAUUGUAACGGCGAGCAGGUUGUGGAUAUGACAGUUUCCUUGGAAACGUGUGAUGAUCCUGACUACACUGAUAACUGGAACACUUUUUGGGCACGAGAUGUUACGAAGAUAGCGUUUUUACAUGAGUAUGACACAGCGUCUGAUUCCUUUUACAUCGAGCAUGUUUGGAAAUUCCAUGGAGCAACUCUUGUCAACAUGGUGAGCGGAAAGGAAAUAGAAAAUAAAAGCGAUGGUCUUCUAAUUGUAACGGUUGUUGACAAGCGAAGCGGAGAGCAGAAGAAUGGAACUGUUUGUAAGGACGGGUUUAGCUGGCUUUCAGCUCAACUGUUUUGUCGCUCUCUCGGACAAUUCUUUGCCAAAUGGGGAAGUUCUCCGAAAAACAUUGAAUAUGUUCCCGAAUCAUGGUUCUAUAAUCAACUUAUCAUGGAUGCUGUAAGCUGUAAGAAGAAUGACACGGACAUAUCUAUGUGUGACACUAGGAUCACACGACACAACUGUCAGUACAAGGAUAGUGUUUGGCUCCGUUGCUACAAUCAGACAGGGGAAAACUCAAAAGAUUGGAAAGAAGACAAAAAGUGCGCAGGGGAAACUUCUGUCCAGAACCCCAAUCCAACCUCCGGCUUCAAGUCUCUGGGGUGUGACCCUGAUGGAGAUAAUCCGUGUUGUAGCGCUGAUGGAAUGUGCGGGCACACCCCCGACCAUUGUUCCUGUCCGGAAUGUCGGGACUACAGUAAAACUUGUACCAUCACUAAUGUUGGGGGAUUCUUGAAGCACUUGUGUUACAAUGAAAGUACUGGACAGUACUAUCACAAGUGUGCUCAUUCUAAUGUUUAUUAUGAACAAGAUGAUGUAUUUGACAGUUCCACUCAAAGUCACGUGCUCUCCACAGUAUCCACUGUGUGUAACAGUGACCCACACGUUUACCAGGCAUGUGGGUUCACCACCAAAAUAACAACAAACUCCACUUUUCUCUGUGGGGGAUAUUUCAGCACCACAAAUGAAGAAGUGCGUUUCGUGGAGUGUGACCAGGAGUGCGUCGCCGGGAUCACUACCGGCAGUAACACAUCCACCGAGUGUGACGACAAGUGUGAUUCACCACACUGCGAAGACGAGAGUCACUGUAACGGAUACUCGUACGGAGUGAACUGCUCCGGAGGGUAUGUGCCCCUACCCUGGAUAUGCGACGGGUGGGGUGACAAUGAGACUUGUUAUUACAAUGAGGAUGAAAGGGACUGUGGUAUUAUUAACAACACCACUAACAACACCACUAACAACACCACUAACACCAUUCAACCCACUUGUCUGCAUUACUGGCGUAAAGCUAUGGCUGGAAUGAACAGGAGCGUUCCCAUUCUAAACUACACCAGGUGCGGUGUAUUUGAUCUGACUAACACUAACCAGUAUCCUUACUGUUAUCAUUUUGAGGAUCAAACAAACUGCACGGACCCCACCAGAGUGGGUGGGUUUUGCUUUAUAAACGGUUUCAUGUCUACUGUAUCUAAAUACGUGGUUUGUGACAGCGCCCUGAUAACCGGUCCAGUUAAUCUGUGUGAUGAUGGGUUGGACAGUGAGUGUGUCUCACCGUCAGAGACAACAGAAUGUGUGGUCCACAAACACAAACUGUGUGAUGGGGUGAGGGACUGCACUGAUGGCAGUGAUGAGUCACGUGAUAUUUGUAGCCGGACCACAGCUGGGUAUUUUCAGUGUACCCGGACUUUCAAUUUGGAGAAGCAUCUAGAAAUACCUGUCUCGUGGAUAUUGGAUAAUCAGACUGAUUGUACGAAUGGUGAAGAUGAACUGAACAGUGAUCACUGGAGGUUCUGUGGAAGAGGAGAUCUGGGAACUUAUAGAGUUUUACUGGGAAAUAACACGUGUCAGGACGUGUUUAUGUGUUCUGGGGAGGGGAGGUUUGUAGAGUUUGAUCACUUGUGUGACGGACUGAAUUCCUGCGCUAAUGAAAAUGUGGUGUGUACCACAUCACGAGAUUUUCCAAACAUCAACACAACGGUGGUGAUGGGGAAUAAUUCAGUGAGAGAUUUAUGCAAAUCAGAAGAAGUACCCGAUGAUGCGGUGUGCCACAUUAAGGAAUUCAAAUCUGGUGAUGUUUUUGGUGUUACCACGAAACUCAAAAUCCCAACCUCCAAAGUUGACUGUAGCCGCCUGUUUGGCGAGUAUUACGUGUUCUUGAGUUGUAUGGACCUGUGCUUAAACUCAACCUGUCCUCUCCCAAAUACCCCCCUAAACUCUGCUUCAUGUCCGGGUCAGUUCCCUGACCGGAUCUACACACUCGCUAACAACACGUACUUAACCUUUGUCACAAUGGAUCAGACCGGGCAAUACGACAACAACUACUUCCAAUGUGAGAACAGCAGAUGUGUUCAGUACAGCAAGGUCUGUGACCUGGUUGAUGAUUGUGGGGACAUGUCAGACGAGCGGAACUGUUCCAACCAUAUGGUGUGCCAGAACACGGAGAAUAAGCCCGGUAUCAAGGAACACCUCAUAUCUUUAUCUCAGAAAUGUGAUGGUAUCUACGACUGCUUUGAUUUAUCUGACGAGUGUAAUCUAACUUGUGGAAAGCAAAUCCUUGAUCACUGGAUACUGAAGUUUAUUUGCUGGUUUAUGGGGAUUUUAGCAGCUCUCCUGAACGGAGUGACAGUGUACAAGGAGAUACUCUCACUUCUGGAGCUAAGAACUAAAACCAGCAGUACACUCGUUAUGUACAAUAAAGCACUUGUUGGUCUGAUAGGUUGUGGUGAUUUCCUUAUCGGUGUAUACUUGAUAGGGUUGUCUAUCUACGACAGCAUUAUAUUCGGAAAUGAGUACUGUGGGAAGCAAGCUGAGUGGUUAACCGGGACCGCUUGCUCCGUGUUAGGGAUUAUAAGUACUGUGGGUUCACAAGUAUCUCUGUUCGCUAUGACUACCUUGAGUGUGGUCAGAAUGGCUGGGAUAUUCCGGAGGUCCAUGACUCUGCCUAACAGUCACCUUGAUAGGAAACCAAGUAUUUACGCUGGUAUUUUAGUGUUGGGGAUCUCGUUAGCUUCACUAGCUGUGGCUGUAACACCUCUGAUACAUUCCCUUGAGGACUACUUUGUUCAGGCCAUGUUUUAUGAUCCAGAGUAUAAACUGUUCUUGGGUUUUCCAAAUAAAGUGAAACAUGUCAAGGUUCUUCAGGCUUACUACAAUACAAGCAAUAUUACUACAGAAAUAACGUGGAAGGAAAUAGGAGAGAAAGUGAACGGAAUGUUCAGCAAUCAGUAUGGACUUCUCAGUAGAUACCCAGUCCAUUUUUACGGUAAUGACGGGGUCUGUUUGUUCAAGUACUUUGUUCGGAGUGACGAUGCUCGGAGAAGCAGGCAGGAUUCAGAUACUGGAGCUGGAAUCACAGAUCGUAAAGGAGAUGUGGUAGUGUGGCUAAUGCUUGCGGUUAACCUUAUAUGUUUCAUCAUCAUAACAGUUUCAUAUAUAGUCUUAAACGUCUCUCGGAGGAAAUACUCCAAGAAGGUUGGGCAAGGUCGCAACCGAAACACUUUAAAACAAAACCAAAAGCUCCAGCAGAGAAUUUCAAUGAUUAUUGUGACAGAUUUUCUGUGUUGGGUACCAUUUAUUGUUAUCAGUGGCCUCCACAACCUGAAGGCUAUCGAUGCUUCUAAAUGGUAUGUUUACUUCGCAAUGACAGUCCUACCCUUUAACUCCGUCUCCAAUCCUCUCAUUUACGAUGACUUUUUCAGAAAAUUUUUCCAAAGAAAGAUAAAAGAUAUAACUGUAUUUCUAAGGAAUUCAGGAUAUGUCAACAUAGUGACUGAAGCAAGAACUAAUAGACUUUCAUUUCUAACAAGGACUUCAUUUCUAACAAGGAAUGUUGAAACCACUGAGUUGGAAACAAGGGAUAAAAGACCCUCUAUUUCAAAUAGGAAAAGUUUCAUGCUUCAUAGUGGCGACGAAGAGGACUCAAAAAUGCUCUAAUGGAACAUUCUGAUCUUAUUUCUCAAAGAAGUGCACAGACAACGUUGCUUUGGAAGUUGUCAAUUUUAAACAGGUUUUAAAGAUUACAUUAUUCGUGUUGGUAAGUUAUAAAUGAUAUUUCUAUCAUCUGAAAAUAAAUUCAAUUUCCAAUUCU